CUACAUGUUUGACCUCAUGCAGUUUCACUUUUCUUGUUACGGAUAUAAUAGAAUGGAAUAUACCAGGCAGAUUUAGCGGGCUCCUGUUGAAAAUGUCAUCAUCAUCAUCCUACGCCGCUGCUUUAUCCGCCCUUGUUACUGCCAACUUGCCUGCUCAACAUUUACAACUAAGUGCUCAUUGUGCCCCUGAGCCCUCCGCCUCACAUGGGAGUGCCUCAUCUAGCACAGCUUCUUCCCAGUCUCCUCCAGUCGAAGCACAUCCAUCCCCGCCUGAGUCGGUGGGAUCAUACAACGAGCAGGAGAACCCGGCAGAUUAUGGGAUAGGAGGUUAUUAUCCUGUUGAAAUUGGAGAGAUUUUUGAGGAUCGAUACCAGGUGGUCAAAAAGUUGGGAUGGGGUCACUUUUCGACUGUGUGGCUCUGCUGGGAUAUGGUGACAAGGCAUUUUGUUGCACUGAAGGUGGUGAAAAGUGCUCUGAUGUUUACAGAGACAGCGUUGGAUGAGAUCAAACUUCUGAAAUGUGUGAGGGACAGUGACCCUAGAGACCCCAAACGUGAGAGUAUUGUUCAACUAAUUGAUGACUUCAGGAUCUCUGGAGUACAUGGAGAACAUGUGUGCAUGGUAUUGGAAGUUCUGGGCCAUCAGCUCUUGAGAUGGAUCAUCAAAUCCAACUACACUGGUCUUCCAAUCCCUUGUGUCAAAAGCAUUAUCAGACAGGUUCUGCAGGGUUUGGAGUAUUUGCACACUAAGUGCAAGAUCAUACACACAGACAUCAAGCCAGAAAACAUUCUCCUACGGGUGGAUGAAGUGUAUGUUCAGAAACUGGCAGCUAACACCAAACUGUGGCAACUGCCUGAUUCCAUUGCGUUCACCAGCCAACCAAAAAGUUCAACAGCCAAACAAAAAAAGAGUUUGUCCAACUUAAUGGGAAGAUUGACAGGGGUUUUUCACAACAUCGGGAAUUGGUCUAGCAAAGCUUCAAGGUCAAAUCUAAAACGACUGAUAUGGACGGAGAGGAAGCAACGAGCCAAGGACAAUGCCUCUGACCAUGGCCAAAAGCAACGUCGUGAUGGCAUUUCCGAUGUUACAACUCCGUCUCGUGGAUUUACCGCUACUUGUCAAUCAUUGCUCCCGGCUUCUGACCUCACAUUAAGGAGACGGACCUUGCUGUUGUCCGACGGGCAGAACUCACCUAUGCUCAGUUCCAGAGACAUCAGCUCAUCAUUGCCAGACAUUACAAAAAAUGUUCGCAUUUCUGCUCCAGAUUUCUCCAGAUGUCAAUUUUUACAUCAGACGUCUGACAAGCAAACCUCCCCUAAUGGAAUCAGUGACUAUGACGGUCCUCUUGACCUUCUGUUGCCGCAAAAUGCUGACAAGCUGUUUAUUAAGAUUGCUGAUCUGGGCAAUGCUUGCUGGUUGCACAAACACUUUACUGAGGACAUCCAGACAUGUCAAUACCGCUCAGUGGAGGUCCUAAUUGGUGCUGACUACAGCACCCCGGCCGACAUCUGGAGCACUGCCUGCAUGGCUUUUGAGCUGGCAACAGGGGACUAUUUGUUUGACCCACAGUCAGGGGCCACAUUCUCCCGUGAAGAAGACCAUAUUGCACAUAUUAUCGAACUGCUGGGACCGCUUCCAUCACAGUUUGCCCUCUCAGGGAAAAAAUCGAAAAGAUUCUUCAACCAUAAAGGACAACUGAGGCGUAUCUCGAGGCUGAAGCCGUGGAGCUUGUUAGAAAUUUUGCUGGAUAAAUAUGAGUGGCCGCAGGACGAAGCGACCCAGUUCAGCUCGUUCCUCCUGACCAUGUUGCAUCUUCAGCCGGGAAAAAGGGCCACAGCGGCUCAAUGUCUGAAACACCCGUGGAUCUCAUCUUGAUUCUAUACUCUGGUCCACAGGAGGCUGUAUUAUGAGUCUGGUGCUGGCAUCACCGGCAAAACUUUGUGCCUGUUUAUCCCUCUGGUUGAUUGCUUAUUCGUGACAUCGCCAUUCAAGUCAGGUGAAACAACCGACUAAAGCUUGUUUUCUCUUAUUUAAACCCGCUUUAUAUGGGCCAUUCUAAAAUUGGAGGACAUUUUUCAUCCCACCAAUCAAAUUUUAAAUAAUCCAAUCACAUUUGAAAUAAUCCACAGGCAACAUACUAAAACAGGCCAUUUCUGAGUAAAUGCACUUGUUCUGAGACCAAAUAUAAAAUGAAUAAAUGAAAAUAAGAAAAAAUAAUGCUUGAAAAUAUUGAAAAUAAAUAUCAAAUAAAUCUAGAGUGACCCUUAAUAUGUAAUUAAUGGAACAUGUCUCCCACAACAUUCAAGCAACCCUGUUACCCUGACCUUUUUAGUAUGUUACAUGUUGUUUUAGUAUGUUCUAUUUUUAUUAUUCUAUUUCUAUACUUUUUACAUCAGUUUGUCCCUUGGGUCAGUAGUAACUUCUAAGAAAAAGCUAACAUUAGUAGUGAUUAGCAACAGGUGGUGCAUUUUCACAACAGUAAAUUGGAGGACACUUUGUGGCAUGGUAUGUUCAUAAACUAUUUUACGGUCUAUACAAUAUUUACAAAAGAGUCCAAACUCCAGCACCAUAAACUACUGAUGUGUUAAGCGCUAAUUGCUAGUAGCCUAUGCUAACACACAGGGGGAAAAAAACAACAACAAUCAAAUUAAACUCACUAAUUCCCACUAGUUAGCAGUCACAUUG